AUAUAGUCGUGUGUUACUUUUCAUUAUCAUUCAUGAUGGCUUUUAUUGCGGUGUACAGUACCUCGCCCUCCACAAACGUUCCAUGCCCUUGUUAACCGAUCGAGAGAGUAAAUCAAUCUGAUUGGCGGUUUCGUUAGUCACGUGAGUUCAGUCUUCGCGCACCUGGCGCAUCCUCCGGGGUGCCUGUCGUCAAAUCGGUGGAAUAAAUCCCAGUUGAAUCCAACCCCAAACCCGAUGAAUCGUCCACAUGUCUGUCGGUCCGCCCCACUGCCCCGUCGCGCCCCUUCGCCCCCAAAAUGCGCCUCGUUACCAUGGACACCACACACAACAAGAACGCACGAGCGCCGCUGACGAAAACGGCGUCUCGGGGUUGGAUCGGGCCUCGAAAACCACCCGCAACAAAUCGCGGACACACGUCGUGUGAACUGCGGAGGAUUAAACAAACAAAAAAAAGGAAGGACGUUUCUCCAGUGAGGGAAUGUUUGAGCCAUGUCCUUCAGUUCUCGACUCGCCAAAGUCAUCUACAGGAACAGACCCGCCCAGCCUUCUGUGCAAGAGGAGUCACUGCAGGAGAUGCAGCAAAAGUUGAAGGAGGAGCGUGAAGCCAAGCGGGCCCAGCUCGAUGGAAGACAUGACUACAUCCUCAGUAUCGUGGCUUCAUGCCUGGGGCUGGAGAAGGCCGAUGUGGAAGAUGCCAUACUGGAGGGAAAUCAGAUCGACCGCAUGGAGCAGUUCUUUGUGGUCGAGGGUCUUCCUCACCUCAUGUUCUACUAUCAGGACACUCAGCCUGCCGAAGCAGCAGCAGCAGCAGCAGCAGCACCAGCUCCUGCGCCCCCCCAGCUCGGGGCCCAGCAGCAGCAGCAGCCUGGGUGCAUCAAGAAGUUUAGUGUGUUUGUGACCGACGGGCGGGACGUGGCGCUGACGGGGUCGUGUGUCUUCUUCACCCGAGCCAACACUUCCAAGGCGAUCACCUCUGAGAACGUGCACAGGGAUGUGAAUUUCAAUAUGUUGGACACAACACAAGUGGGUCUGUUGAAAAGUGUGGAGCAGCUGCUCUCCGACAUCUUCAUCCCCACACUGGCGAAGAUGAACCACGGUUGGGGGGAGCUGGCCAGUCCUCAGGCCCGGGCUGUCAAGCAGGAGUUCAUAUCAUCGUUGGAGAGCUUCGUGUCGGUUUUGGCUGGAGCCCAGGAGAGUCUGAAAGAACGGGUCACCUUGAGAGAGUGCGACACGUUUGACCUGCGGGUGCUGACAGGCCCGUCGGACUACGUGGCAGCAGCCGGCAGCACGGAGACCACAGAGAAGAUGGAGGCCUGCAUGAAGGUCUGGAUCAAACAGAUAGAACAGGUUCUAGCGGAGAGUGACCAGCUGAGAAAGGAGGCCGACGACCUCGGCCCCCGGGCUGAGCUGGACCACUGGAAGAGACGAAUGUCCCGCUUCAACUACCUUCUGGAUCAGCUCAAGAGCCCGGACGUCAAAGCCGUCCUGGGCGUGCUGCUGCUGGCCAAAUCUAAACUCAUAAAGUCGUGGCGGGAGCUGGACACCAGAAUCACUGUUGCAGCCAAUGAGGCCAAAGACAAUGUCAAAUACCUUUACAGCCUGGAGAAGUUUUGCGACCCCCUGUACAACAGCGACCCUGUAUCGAUGGUGGAUGCUAUCCCAGGUCUGAUCAAUGCCAUCAGGAUGAUUCACAGUAUUUCUCGCUACUACAACACCUCAGAGAAGAUUACAUCACUUUUCGUCAAGGUGACGAACCAGAUGAUCACAGCGUGCAAGGCCUACAUCACUAACAAUGGCUCGAAUUCAAUAUGGGACCAACCUGAGCAAGUUGUUGCAGACAAAAUCAAAGCUUCCAUCCACCUAAACCAGGAGUACCAGCGCUGUUUCCAUAAAACCAAGGAGAAGCUGGAGCAGACUCCCUCCGAGAGACAGUUUGACUUCAGCGAGAUGUACAUUUUUGGGAAGUUUGACACGUUCCAGCGGCGACUCAGCAAGAUCCUGGAAAUGUUCCACACCAUCGCCACCUACUCUGCUCUGCAGGACACCAAGAUGGAAGGACUGGAGACCGUGGCCACCAGGUUUCAGACUGCCGACAUGCAGGGAAAGUGGGAGUCUAUUGUGCUGAACAUGAAGAAAAAACAUUACAGUUUCCUAGACCAGAGAAGACCGGAGUUUGAGGUUGACUAUGAGGAAUUCUGCAAAAACACGUCUGUGCUCCAUAAUCAGCUGAGGAGUUUCAUGGACAGCACCUUCGACAAAAUCCAGAAUACAGAAAGAGCUCUGAAUGUGCUGAAGACCUUUCAAAGACUGGGCAUCCCAGACCUUGGCAUUGACGAGAGGUACCAGCGCAUUCUGCAGAACUAUGGCCGGGACAUUGAAAUGGUCUCGCGUAUCUACGUGAAGCAGAAACUGGACCCCCCCAUCGGCCGGGACCUGCCCCCGGUGGCGGGCCGGAUCAUGUGGGCUCGGCAUCUGUACAGCAGGAUCCAGGGCCCCAUGGAUCUUUUUCAACAGCAUCCCGGAGUUCUUUCGACACCGGAGGCGAAGAGGAUCAUCAGGAACUUUAACAGGGUCGCAAGGGUCCUUUUGGAGUUUGAGAUACUCUACCAUCAGAACUGGAUGGAAAAGAUGGAGCAUGCCCGCGCGGGCCUCCAGGCCUCUCUGCUAGUCAGAUCGCCAGAGACGGGGGAGCUGUUUGUCAACUUUGACCCGGAGAUUCGGACGCAGAUCAGAGAGACGAACUGCAUGACCAGGAUGAAUCUGGAGAUCCCGCCCUUCGCUGCUCUGCUGCAGCAGAAGCAGGACACGCUGAAAAAGAACAACAACAAAUUGCAGUUGAUGUUGAGUGAGAACGCCAGAGUGCGGGCUAAGAUUCAGAGUGCUUUUGAACAUCUGGCCAUGCCGCACGUAGCCAAGGUGGAUGAGGCCAUACAACCAGGCUUGACCUCCAUCAACUGGACAUCUCUGAACAUAGACAAGUACCUCAGCCACAUUGAUAAGACUUUGGUUGACCUGGAGCUGUUAAUGGACAGGGUGAAUGAUCUGGUGGAGUUCAGGAUAGAUGCGGUACUUCAGGAGAUGAGCUGCUCCGCACUCUGUGUUCUACCAGAGGAUGAGCCGGUCACCUGUGAGGAGUUUGUCCAGACCACCAGGGACCUGUGCAUUAGACAAGCCCAGAAACUCCACACUAAGAGCUCACUGGUGGAGGAGGCUGCUAAUGAGCUCAUCAACAUGCUGCUGGAGUUUGACCACAAUCAAAGAGAGGAAGUGGAAAAGGUUGAGCAAGAACGCUGCACCGAGGGCAAGGCCGCGGACCACAUGGACAGUGAAGGUGAAGACGAGGGUCGUCUCUUCUCCAGGAACACUCUGCUCGCUCCUGCCAGUGUCGGCCCCUCCUCCCCCUCGAUGAGGAGGAAGAAGAAGAGGGAUCUGAUGGAAGUGAUGGAGGAAGAGGCCCAGGAGCUGCUCUCCUACUUCAACCACCGCAACGUGGACGCCUUGCUCAGACUGACACGCAACACCCUGGAGAUGCUCCGCAAGCGCAUCCACGCCUCCUCGCUCGUGCAUUUCUUGGCUGAGAGUGAGACGCCCAGUCGUGGAAAAAGCGGCGGUCAGCAGGCAAUCUUCAGAGUCAACGUGACCCUCUCCAUUCCUAACGUCGCCAUGGUCCCAGCCCUGGAGGAGGUCCAGCAGGCUUUAAACCGCGCUGUGGAGUGCGUGGUCAGUGUCGGCAAAGGAGUCGGCCAGUGGAGCAAACAAAGGAUCUCCAAGAGACAAAUGAACGAAAGACGGAUGGCGGCCCUCAAACAAGACAGUUCUGAGAGUGAAUCAGAGGACGGGGCGACAACAUACAGGAGCCUGGCUGACGGCAGCACCUCGGACAUUUCGGCAUCUGUGAUCCAGGCCAUCCCGUUCCAAGCCCGGAACUACUACAAGUGUGUGUCUGAGAACAAGGAGAUCGUCAAACUGGUGUCUGUUCUCGGUUCCUCCAUCAGCUACACCCGAAAGGAAGUGAUGACUGCUCUCGACCGCUUUAGCCGUUACCAUCACAUCUGGAGAGAGGACCGUGAAGACGCCAUGCGGAAAUUCCUCCAGCGCAGUCCCUUGCUUUCUGAGUUUGAGAGCCAGAUUAUUUUCUACCGAGACCUGGAGCUGGAGAUAAACUCGGAACCAGAGUUCAUUACAGUAGGAGCUUUGGCUCUAUUCACAGCCGACCUGAAGAUGUCCCUCACUGCUGAAACCAAGAGCUGGAUGGUGGACUACGGGCUGUACUGUAACAGGAAAUAUCGCUCGGAGAUGGAGCAGAUCUUCGCUUUCGUAGAUGAGGCGGGGAAGAAACUGAACCGACAGAUCAGAGACCUGGAUGACAUCCGCAUCGCCAUGGCAGCACUCAAGGAGAUCAGAGAGCAGCACAUAUCUAUUGAUUUCCAAGUUGCACCCAUAGAGGAGUCUUACGCCAUGCUUCAUAAAUACGAUCUGUCAGUGGCAAAGGAAGAGGCUGAUAAGGUGGAUACGCUGCGGUACACCUGGGAGAAGCUGCUGUCCCGGAACACGGAGGUGCAGAACGAGCUGGUGGCCCUGCAGCCGAACUUCAGGGGAGAGCUGGUCAGCAACGUGGCGACCUUCCUGGAAGACUGUCAACACUUUUACCAGGAUUAUGACAAGGAUGGCCCCAUGGUGGUGGGCCUUGCUCCUCAGGACGCCAGCGAUAGACUCAUCAUGUUCCAGAAUCGAUUCGACAACCUAUUCAGGAAGUACAUCACUUACACAGGUGGAGAGGAGCUGUUUGGACUCCCUGCUACCCAGCAUCCUCAGCUGUUGGAGAUCAGGAAGCAGCUCGCUCUGCUGCAGAAGCUCUACGGCCUUUACAGCAAUGUCAUCGAAACAGUCAACGGCUACUAUGAUAUCCUCUGGGCUGACAUCCACAUUGAAAAGAUCAAUUAUGAGCUGCUGGACUUUCAGACGAGGUGUCGCAAGCUGCCCCGUGCUCUGAAGGAGUGGCAGGCCUUUUUGGACCUGAAGAAGACCAUUGAUGAAUUCAGUGAGUGCUGCCCCCUGCUGGAACUCAUGACCAACAAGGCAAUGAUGACGCGCCACUGGAAGAGAAUUACUGAGGUGACUGGGCAUACCUUUGAGGUGGAAACUGACACAUUCAAGCUACGCAACAUUAUGGAGGCUCCCCUGCUCAAGUAUAAAGAGGAGAUUGAGGAUAUCUGUAUCAGUGCAGUGAAAGAGCGGGAUAUCGAGCAGAAGCUGAAACAGGUGAUUGCCGAGUGGGACAACAAGACGUUGACAUUUGCCAACUUCAAGACGCGCGGCGAGCUGCUACUGAGAGGAGACAGCACAUCGGAGAUCAUUGCCAGCAUGGAGGACAGCCUGAUGAUUCUGGGGUCUCUUAUGAGCAACAGGUACAACACCCCAUUUCGAGCGCAGAUUCAGAAGUGGGUUCAGAAUCUCUCCAACACCACUGAUAUCAUCGAAAACUGGAUGACCGUUCAGAACCUCUGGAUCUACCUGGAGGCGGUGUUUGUGGGCGGAGACAUCGCCAAGCAGCUGCCCAAGGAAGCAAAGCGUUUCUCUAACAUCGACAAAUCGUGGGUGAAGAUCAUGAUGCGGGCCCACGAGAUGCCCAAUGUGGUACAGUCGUGUGUGGGAGAUGAGACCAUGGGGCAGCUGCUGCCUCACCUCCUUGAACAACUGGAGAUCUGCCAGAAGUCACUUACAGGCUAUUUGGAAAAGAAGCGGCUGAUGUUCCCUCGUUUCUUCUUCGUCUCCGACCCCGCACUGCUGGAGAUCCUGGGCCAGGCCUCUGACUCCCACACCAUCCAGGCCCACCUCCUCAACGUCUUCGACAACAUCAAAUGCGUCCAAUUCCAUGACAAGAUAUACGACCGUAUUCUGGCGGUCUCAUCACGGGAGGGGGAGACCGUGGAACUGGAGCGGCCUGUCACGGCAGAGGGGAACGUGGAGGUUUGGCUCAGUGCUCUGCUGAAGGAAUCCCAGAGGUCUUUGCACUUGGUGAUCCGGCAGGCCGCGCUGACCAUCCAAGACUCCGGCUUCCAGCUCAUCGACUUCCUGAACUCGUUUCCCGCUCAGGUGGGCUUGCUCGGGAUUCAGAUGAUAUGGACGAGGGACUCUGAAGAGGCUCUGACCAACGCACGGUACGAUCGCCGCAUCAUGGCCAAAACCAACCAGCUCUUCCUGGACCUGCUCAACACACUGAUUGACAUGACGACCAAAGACCUGGGGGCUGUGGAGAGGACCAAGUACGAGACCCUCAUCACCAUCCAUGUCCACCAGAGGGACAUAUUUGAUGACCUGUGCCGACUGCAUGUCAAGAGCCCCAACGACUUUGAGUGGCUGAAGCAGUGUCGUUUCUACUUCAACGAGGACUCCGACAAGAUGAUCAUCAACAUCACAGAUGUGGGCUUUGUCUACCAGAAUGAAUUCUUGGGCUGCACCGAAAGGCUUGUCAUUACACCGUUGACUGACAGGUGCUACAUCACCCUGGCCCAGGCUCUCGGGAUGAGUAUGGGUGGAGCCCCUGCUGGUCCAGCAGGAACAGGCAAGACUGAGACCACUAAAGAUAUGGGUCGCUGUCUGGGAAAGUACGUUGUGGUCUUCAACUGUUCCGACCAGAUGGACUUCAGAGGCUUGGGAAGAAUAUUCAAAGGUCUGGCUCAGUCUGGCUCGUGGGGCUGCUUCGACGAGUUCAACCGCAUUGACCUCCCAGUUUUGUCGGUGGCCGCCCAGCAGAUCGCGAUAGUUCUCACCUGCAAGAAGGAACGUCGCAGGAACUUUUCUUUCACCGACGGCGAUAGUGUGGAUAUGAACCCUGAGUUUGGCAUCUUCCUUACCAUGAACCCAGGUUACGCAGGUCGCCAGGAACUUCCUGAAAACCUGAAGAUCAACUUCCGCUCGGUGGCCAUGAUGGUUCCUGACCGUCAGAUCAUCAUCAGGGUCAAACUGGCCAGUUGUGGCUUCAUAGACAACAUGGAGCUGGCCCGCAAGUUCUUCACCCUGUACAAGCUGUGUGAGGAGCAGCUCUCCAAACAGGUUCACUAUGACUUCGGCCUUCGGAACAUCCUGUCAGUGCUGCGGACCCUGGGAGCAGCCAAGCGAGCCAACCCCAGUGACACGGAGUCCACCAUCGUCAUGAGGGUCCUCAGGGACAUGAAUCUCUCCAAACUGAUCGAUGAGGAUGAGCCGCUCUUCCUGAGCUUGAUUGAGGACCUCUUCCCGGGCAUCCAGCUUGAUAAAGCAGGCUACCCUGAACUAGAGGCUGCCAUCGACAAACAGGUUGAGGACGCAGGCCUGAUCAAUCACCCUCCCUGGAAGCUGAAGAUAAUCCAGCUGUUUGAGACGCAGACGGUCCGACACGGCAUGAUGGCCCUGGGGCCCAGUGGGGCCGGAAAGACGACUUGCAUUCACACUCUGAUGAGAGCUAUGACAGAGUGUGGUCGGCCUCACAGAGAGAUGCGCAUGAACCCCAAAGCCAUUACAGCCCCUCAGAUGUUUGGGCGACUGGAUGUGGCCACAAAUGACUGGACCGAUGGCAUCUUCUCGACACUCUGGAGGAAAACACUGCGAGCGAAGAAAGGGGAGCACAUCUGGAUAGUCCUGGAUGGGCCGGUCGACGCCAUCUGGAUUGAGAACCUUAACUCGGUGUUGGAUGACAACAGAACUCUUACACUGGCAAACGGAGACCGUAUCCCCAUGGCUCCCAACUGCAAGGUGGUUUUUGAGCCGCACAAUAUUGACAACGCCUCUCCAGCGACCGUCUCACGCAACGGCAUGGUGUUCAUGAGCUCCUCUGUGCUCAACUGGAGCCCAAUACUCGAGGGCUGGCUGGAGAAACGCUCCCCCCAGGAGGCCGAGGUGCUGAGGGGGCUCUUCUCCUCCUCUUUCUCUGAGCUCUACCGCUUCAGUGUGCAGUCGCUGGAGUCCAAGGUGGACAUGCUGGAGGCCUUUGUCAUCAUGCAGUGCAUCAACAUGCUGCAGGGACUCAUACCGCUUAAGGAGCAGUGCGGCGACUUAUCCAGAGAGCACUUGGAGCGGCUGUACGUCUUUGCCCUGAUGUGGAGCGUCGGAGCCCUGCUCGAACUGGACGACCGGAGGAAGAUGGAGAUCUGGCUCCGGAGGAACGACGGCAUCCAUCUAGAUCUGCCAGACAUACCUCGUGACAGCGAGGACAUCAUGUUUGACUACCACGUCACAGCAGAUGGUCAGUGGAUCCACUGGAGCACCAGAGUGGAGGAAUACGUUUAUCCUUCUGAACUGACACCGGAGUACAGCUCCAUCUUGGUCCCCAACGUGGACAAUGUCAGAACAGAUUUCCUAAUUCAGACCAUCGCCAGGCAGGGCAAGGCUGUUUUGCUGAUCGGAGAGCAAGGAACGGCCAAGACUGUGAUCAUCAAGGGCUACAUGUCCAAAUAUGAUCCUGAGACCCACAUGGGCAAGAGCCUCAACCUCUCUUCUGCCACCACCCCGCUCAUGUUCCAGAGGACAGUUGAGAGCUAUGUGGAUAAGAGGAUGGGGACCACUUACGGACCUCCCGCUGGGAAGAAAAUGUCCAUUUUCAUAGAUGAUAUCAACAUGCCUGUCAUCAACGAGUGGGGAGACCAGGUGACUAAUGAGAUUGUCCGGCAGCUGAUGGAGCAGAAUGGAUUCUUUAAUCUGGAGAAACCGGGCGAGUUCACCAAUAUUGUAGAUGUUCAGUUCCUGGCAGCCAUGAUCCAUCCAGGUGGAGGCCGUAAUGACAUCCCACAGAGACUGAAAAGGCAGUUCUCCAUCUUUAACUGCACUCUGCCCGCCAAUUCGUCCAUAGACAAGAUAUUUGGUGUGAUUGGUGAGGGCCACUUCUGCGCACGCCGUGGCUUCUUUGAGGAGGUUGGCCGCGCCGUGCCCCACCUUGUGUCUCUGACCCGCCGCCUCUGGCAGUUGACGAAGGUCAAGAUGCUCCCAACUCCUGCCAAGUUCCACUACAUCUUCAACCUGAGGGAUCUGUCCAGGGUCUGGCAGGGCAUGCUCAACACCAGCGCUGAGGUGGUCAACUCCGUGCCGGUGUUGGUGGCGUUGUGGAAGCACGAGUGCAAACGCGUGAUAGCCGACCGAUUCACCAUGCCCGAGGACGUGGAGUGGUUCGACCAGGCUUUGGCGAAGCUGGCGAAGGAGGAGCUUGGCGAGGAGCACAAGAACAUGGUGGACUAUGACGUAGACAGAUACUUCGUCGACUUCCUACGAGACGCGCCCGAGGCUACAGGGGAGGAGCCGGAAGACGCGGACGUUGAUCUGCCAAAGGUGUACGAGCCCAUUGAGUCAUUUGAGAGUUUAAAGGAGCGUCUGAACAUGUUCCUGAGCCAUUACAACGAAUGCAUCAGGGGCACUGGCAUGGACAUGGUCUUCUUCCAGGAUGCAAUGAUGCACCUGAUCAAGGUGUCACGGAUUAUUCGGACACCUGGAGGCAACGCCUUGUUGGUGGGUGUUGGGGGCUCAGGCAAACAGAGCCUGACCAGACUGGCGUCAUUCAUCGCUGGAUACAGGAUCUUCCAGAUAACUCUGACGCGCUCAUACAACACGGCCAACUUGAUGGAUGACUUGAAGGGUUUGUACAGAACAGCUGGCCAGCACGGGAAGGGCAUCAGCUUCAUCUUUACUGACAACGAAAUCAAAGACGAGUCCUUCCUCGAGUACAUGAACAACGUCCUGUCAUCUGGAGAGGUGCCAGGCUCGACAGGUGCUGCACUCAGCGCAUUUCAGGGGGAUGUUUUCACAUCUGUGUCCAACUUAUUUGCCCGCGAUGAGAUCGACGAGAUCCUCGGCGAUCUCAUCCCUGUGAUGAAGCGGGAGUUUCCCAGGCGACCGCCGACGAAUGAAAACCUUUACGAGUAUUUCAUGUCACGAGUCCGACGGAAUCUCCACGUUGUCCUGUGCGUCUCGCCUGUCGGGGAAAAGUUCCGCAACCGGGCGUUAAAGUUUCCUGCGCUGAUAUCUGGCUGCACCAUGGACUGGUUCAGCCGCUGGCCAAAGGACGCUCUCGUUGCAGUUUCAGAGCACUUCCUGUCUAUCUAUGACAUCGACUGCUCGCCACAGGUCAAAAACGAGGUAGUCCAGUGCAUGGGCUCCUUCCAGGAUGGUGUGGCAGAGAAAUGUGUGGACUACUUCCAAAGAUACCGACGCUCCACCCAUGUCACGCCCAAGUCCUACCUCUCCUUCAUCCAAGGCUACAAGACCAUCUAUAAGGAGAAGCGGUCUGAAGUCCAGACCCUUGCCAACAGGAUGAACACUGGUCUCCAGAAGCUGAAGGAGGCGUCGCAGUCUGUGGCGGCGCUCAGCAAGGAGCUGGAGGUGAAGGAGAAGGAACUACAGGUCGCCAAUGACAAGGCCGAUAUGGUGUUGAAGGAGGUGACAGUGAAAGCCCAAGCAGCGGAGCGAGUGCAGGUGGAGGUGCAGAAAGUGAAGGACAAGGCCCAGGCCAUCGUCGACAGCAUCUCGGCUGAUAAGGCCAUCGCCGAAGAGAAACUCGAAGCCGCCCGGCCGGCUCUUGCCGAGGCAGAGGCCGCACUGCAGACCAUCAAACCGUCAGACAUCGCCACUGUGCGAACACUCGGCCGCCCUCCGCACCUCAUCAUGCGGAUCAUGGACUGCGUGCUGCUGCUCUUCCAGAGGCGGGUCAACGCGGUGAAGAUCGACCCGGAGAAGAACUGCACCACGCCGUCCUGGCAGGAGUCGCUCAAACUCAUGACAGCCGGAAACUUCCUGGGCAGUCUGCAGCAAUUCCCCAAAGAUUCCAUUAAUGAGGAAAUGGUGGAGCUGCUGCUGCCUUAUUUUGACAUGCCCGACUACAACAUUGAAACAGCCAAGAGGGUUUGUGGCAAUGUGGCCGGCCUUGCAUCGUGGACAAAAGCCAUGGCCUCCUUCUUCUCCAUCAACAAGGAGGUCUUGCCCUUGAAGGCAAACUUGGCAGUGCAGCUGAAUCGUCUGGCCACAGCCAAUGUGGACCUUCAGAAGGCUCAGGCUGAGCUGGAUGCCAAGCAGGCAGAGCUGGAUGUGGUACAGGGGGAGUACGAGAAGGCCAUGAUGGAGAAACAGACACUGCUGGAGGACGCCGAGCGCUGCAGACACAAGAUGCAGACGGCGUCCAGUCUCAUCAGCGGUCUUGCUGGCGAGAAGGAGCGAUGGACAGAGCAGAGCAAAGAGUUUGCUGCCCAAACCAAACGCCUCGUUGGUGAUGUUCUCCUCGCCACGGCGUUCCUCUCUUACUCCGGCCCCUUCAAUCAAGAGUUUCGUAAUCUCUUGCUGAGUGACUGGCAGCGGGAGCUGAAGCUGCGUCGCAUCCCGUUCGGCAACAAUCUCAAUCUGAUUGAGCUGCUCAUUGACGCACCCACUGUCAGUGAGUGGAACCUGCAGGGCCUCCCCAGUGAUGACCUCUCCACUCAGAACGGCAUCAUCGUCACCAAAGCCGCGCGCUUCCCGCUCCUCGUUGACCCGCAGACACAGGGGAAAAUCUGGAUCAAGAACAAGGAGGCCAGGAAUGAGCUGCAGAUCACCUCGCUGAACCACAAAUACUUCAAGAGCCACCUGGAGGACAGUUUGUCUCUGGGGCGCCCCCUUCUGAUUGAGGACGUAGGGGAGGAGUUGGACCCUGCACUCGACCACAUCCUUGAGAAAAACUUCAUCAAAACUGGCUCCACUUACAAGGUGAAAGUGGGCGACAAAGAGGUGGACGUGAUGAAGGGUUUCAGGCUGUAUGUGACCACCAAGCUGCCCAACCCUGCCUACACCCCCGAAAUCAGUGCUCGCACCUCCAUCAUCGACUUCACCGUCACCAUGAGGGGACUGGAGGACCAGCUGCUGGGCAGAGUCAUCCUCACAGAAAAACAGGAACUGGAGAAGGAGAGGACAGACCUCUUGGAGGAUGUGACGUCUAACAAGAGGAAGAUGAAGGAGUUGGAGGACAACCUCCUCCACCGACUGACCAGUACACAGGGUUCACUGGUCGACGAUGAGAGUCUGAUUCUUGUCCUCAGCAACACCAAACACACUGCCGAAGAAGUCACUCAGAAACUACAGAUUGCGGCCGAGACCGAGGUCCAGAUCAACGCUGCCAGAGAGGAGUACCGACCUGUGGCCACCAGGGGCAGCAUCCUGUACUUCUUGAUCACUGAAAUGAGUAUGGUGAAUGUCAUGUAUCAGACCUCGCUGAGACAGUUCCUGGGACUGUUUGACCUUUCUCUGGCUAGGUCCUCCCAAAGCCCGAUCACCAGCAAACGCAUCACCAACAUCAUAGAGUUCAUGACCUUUGAGGUGUACAAGUACGCAGCGCGGGGUCUGUACGAGGAGCACAAGUUCCUCUUCACGUUGCUGCUGACGCUGAAGAUCGACAUGCAGAGCAGCAGGGUCAAGCACGAGGAGUUUCUCACACUCAUCAAGGGAGGUGCAUCUCUGGACCUUAAGGCGUGCCCUCAGAAACCGGCUAAAUGGAUCCUUGACAUGACCUGGCUGAACCUUGUGGAGCUCAGCAAACUGUGGCAGUUCACUGAUAUACUGGAUCAGAUAAGUCGUAACGAGAAGCAGUGGAAGUUGUGGUUCGACAAGGAGGCCCCCGAGGAGGAGGUGUUGCCAAACUCUUACGACCAGGCCCUGGACUGUUUUAGACGCCUGCUCCUCAUUCGCUGCUGGUGUCCCGACAGGACCAUCGCACAGGCCCGUAAGUACAUAAUGGGCGCAAUGGGGGAGAAGUACACUGAAGGGGUGAUUCUCGACUUGGAGAGGAUGUGGGAGGAAUCGGACCCGCGGACACCUCUCAUCUGUUUCCUGUCGAUGGGCUCGGAUCCAACUGACUCCAUCAUCGCACUGGGGAAGAGGCUGAAGACCGAGACGCGAUAUGUCUCCAUGGGACAGGGGCAAGAGGUCCAUGCCCGGAAGCUUCUACAACAGACCAUGGCUAAUGGUGGCUGGGCCUUACUCCAGAACUGCCACCUGGGCCUGGACUUCAUGGACGAGCUAAUGGACACGGUGGUCGAGACGGACCUUGUGCACGACGGCUUCCGCCUGUGGAUGACCACGGAGGUGCACAAGCACUUCCCCAUCACCCUUCUGCAGAUGUCAAUCAAGUUCACCAGCGAACCUCCGCAGGGCCUCAAGGCAGGGCUGAAAAGAACGUACGGAGGUAUAAACCAGGACCUGUUGGACGUCAGUAACAUGGUGCAGUGGAAGCCGAUGCUCUAUGGAGUCGCAUUCCUGCACAGCACGGUGCAGGAGAGGAGGAAGUACGGGCCUCUGGGAUGGAACAUCCCUUAUGAGUUCAACCAGGCUGACUUCAAUGCCACAGUGCAGUUUGUUCAGAACCACCUCGAUGACAUGGACAUUAAAAAGGGUGUGACGUGGAACACAGUGCGAUACAUGAUUGGAGAGAUUCAGUACGGUGGCCGCGUGACUGACGACUAUGACAAGCGCCUCCUCAACACCUUUGCCCAGGUCUGGUUCAGCGAGGACAUGUUUGGAUCCGCCUUCAACUUCUACAAGGGCUACAGCGUCCCAAAGUGCUCCAGUGUGGAUCAGUAUCUGACAUACAUUCAGGGUCUGCCGGCCUAUGACACCCCGGAAGUGUUUGGUCUCCACCCGAACGCAGACAUAACCUACCAGAGUAAGCUGGCCAAGGACGUCCUGGACACCAUCCUCAGCAUCCAGCCGAAAGACAGCUCAUCAGGCGGAGGGGAAACCAGAGAGGCUGUGGUGUCCAGGCUGGCCCAUGACAUGUUGGAGAAACUGCCUCCUGACUACGUACCGUUUGAAGUGAGAGAACGUCUCCAGAAGAUGGGCCCCUUCCAUCCCAUGAACAUCUUCCUGCGUCAGGAGAUCGAUCGGAUGCAGAGGGUCAUCGUUCUGGUCCGAAACACCCUGACGGACCUCAAGCUGGCCAUCGACGGCACCAUCAUCAUGAGCGAGAACCUGCGGGACGCCCUGGAUUGCAUGUACGACGCGCGCAUUCCCGCACGCUGGAAGAAGGCAUCGUGGGCCUCCAGCACCCUGGGGUUCUGGUUCACAGAGUUGCUUGAGCGGAACCGGCAGUUCCAGGCGUGGAUCUUUGAGGGGCGGCCCAAUUGCUUCUGGAUGACAGGCUUCUUCAACCCGCAGGGCUUCCUGACAGCCAUGAGACAGGAGAUCACGCGGGCCAACAAGGGCUGGGCCCUGGACCGCAUGGUGCUGUGCAACGAGGUGACCAGGUGGAUGAAAGAUGACAUCACCCAACCCCCCGCAGAGGGAGUGUACGUCUACGGCCUUUACCUGGAGGGGGCCGGCUGGGACCGCCGAGGCUGCAAGCUCAUUGACUCCAAACCCAAAGUCCUCUUCGAGAUGAUGCCCGUGAUUAGGAUGUUCGCUGAGAAUAAUGGUGUGAAGGAUUCCCGCCUCUACCCCUGUCCAAUCUACAAGAAGCCGGUAAGGACGGACGUGAAUUACAUCGCCGCCGUAGACCUGAAGACCUCGCUGGCUCCCGAUCACUGGAUCCUGCGGGGCGUGGCGCUGCUCUGCGACGUCAAGUGACCGCCUCACGUUGACGGACACUGACCCCCUGGCAGUGGGCGGUGGUCGCCCGCACUCGAAGUUGGACUGCUGCAUCCUCAUUUCUGCGAGCACAUUUUGCAUAUUAAUGGACUUUCAGUCUUAUCUGUGGCGGAGCUCGGCGGACGCCUGAGAAAACAGCCUGCGAGUUCAGCACUUGGUUCCAUCGUCUUAUCGAUUCACUGCGCGCGAUGAAUAGCAAUGGCUGGAGGCGGACCGAGAGGUUUGGGACGGCGCACUUGAAGACACGUCAGACAUGGGGACGCGAACGGACGGGAGGAAUCAUUUGUUUUUGUCUUUUUCAAAUAAAUAACAAGAGCUAUUCAAUUUGCCAAUUUUUCUAUUUCCAUGAAUACACAUAGUCAAGGCCGUGCGAAGUUAAGUGUAAACUCACAUUAUGCUAUUUCAGCUGCUUUGGACACGAAACCCGAUCGCUGCAGAGACGGAAAACUGUGCUAAUCUGCUGGAACCGAUGAUGUCAUCCACUCAAAACCUUUUGGACGUUGUUUACUGACAACGACUUGGUGAUUAAUGCUGACGAUGCCAAUAAUUUUUGUUUUGGGGUUAUUUCCAUCCAAAAGCCUUUUAUCUCCAAGUGCAGCUUCCAGCGACUGUGAAUCAGAAAAUGUCCUCAUUUUUCAAUGAAACCACAAUGGGCGCUGUCAUAAUGUCCAAGGACUUUCUUUCCCCCCAUUAUUUGAUGUCUAUGCCGUCAGCUCCGGGAUUUGUCAGCAGAUGAUGUCACCACCAUCUCUGGUGGCUGCUCAGUUCAAGGACAGUGUUGUUCCAGUAUGUGACCAUUUUUGGAGUAGACCUUGUAGGAAGUAUAUUAUAAAUAAAACCAACCAACCAAUAA